AUGAAAGAACAGACGAUGCGAGUGCACUGUUCAUGCGGCGCAGCCACCUGUACCGGCAAUUCAUAUUCGCCCAUCUCAAGAGAUUUUAAACCAAGGCAUAUGAAGUUUACAGCCUUCAGUAAGCUAGACUUCUUCAACAACCAGCUGAGCAUGGUUAAACAGAAAAGUCGGCGAACUAAACGCAGUGCUGUGAGUCUUAUGACAGAACUGGGGUCAGAGAGUAAUGCCCAUGGACUAGCCAAAAUUGCCAAAACUGAAAAGACCUCACGGAAAAUUAUGUGGGGAUUUCUGGUGGUGUUAGGCUUUGCAGCUGCCACUUUGCAACUCUCUCUUCUGGUGCAGAAAUAUCUGGAUUACCAAGUAGUGGAAGUGUCUCGUAUGCGUGAUGGAAUGCCAGUGGAGUUUCCUACAGUAACUGUUUGCAACAUUGCUGCGAUAUCUCUGACCAAAACAAAGCAAGUAAUACAUUCUGAAAAAGCUGACAUACUAAAAUGGAUUAAUUUCACAAGCACCUUCAAUUUCGGCCAACAAAAGGAGCGCCUGGAAUCAAUACAGGGAUAUUACGAAAACUGUAAAGAGGAAUCAAUGUAUCUUGCCCAUGGAAUUGAACAUUUCAUUCUGCACUGUCGAUAUAAUGAACAAGACUGCACUGUGGACAAUUUCACCACUGUGUUUGAUGGCUCAAACUAUUACAACUGUUUCACAUUUAACAGUGGUGAGCAUAAGGACCAAGUCAUGGUUCAUGCUACAGGUCCACAAUACGGUCUCUCUUUAAUUCUCUCCCUUGACAAUGAUGACCCACCACCUGGUGCUUAUGGUCUGUACAAUAUGGAGUCCAAUAUUGCGAAUGGUGCCGGAGUACGAGUCAUCAUCCAUGCCCCAAACACCAUGCCCUUCCCGGUGGAACAUGGUUUUGAUGUUCCUCCGGGGUACACCACAUCCGUCAGUCUAAAGCCCCUACAUUCCCGUCUGUCUAUGCCUCACGGAAACUGCACGACAGACAUGCUCCAAGGUAGUCGGCUCUAUCGACAAAACAUCUUUUCCUGCCUCCAGUUAUGCAAGCAAAUAAUAGUGGCCAAAUGUGGCUGCCAGUCGUCUGGCCUGCCUCACAUUCAUGGUCAUCAAAACUUGACCUACUGUGGGACAGUUCCCAACUGGCGACAGACCCUUGAAAAUGCCACUUCCAUACACAACAAAAACAUUUCUUUGCCAGGGUUGGACUGUGAAGUCGAACUGAUGAGAAAACUUGCCAAUGACAGGACCUAUGAGAAAUCCUGCGAAUGCUUCCAGCCAUGUACUGAGCUCAGCUACCAAAAAUCCAUUUCUCUGUCAUACUGGCCAUUGGAAUUUUACCAGAUGAACAUCUUGGCUUUGUUGGGGGAGACAAUCAGCCAAACUUUUCUCAAUGAUGCCUACACCUAUCUCAACAAUCUAACAAAAGCAGACAGGACAAAAUACAGCAACCCUGACCUUGACCGUGAAAAACAACUUCGGGCUUCCAACCUUAUUCGUCAAAACUUAGUCCGCUUAAAUGUUUACCUGGAGGACUUAAGUGUGAUUGAGUUUCUUCAGAUGCCUGCGUAUGAGCUUAAGGAUCUGUUUGCAGAUAUUGGAGGAACUCUCGGUCUCUGGAUGGGUAUUUCUGUGCUGACUAUUAUGGAGCUUGUGGAACUUGUAGUUAGGCUGAUUUUACUGCUCUUCAAUUCUGAACGGAAACUACCAGACCACGAACCUGUGGGAAAUGGAAUGCUAGAAAAUGAGCGGGAAUAUGAGAGAACAUAUGACACUGAUCCUGAGACACCUGUAUGACCUUGAGUUACUAGAGUUAUACACCUCAACACAACAGGGGCUUCCACUUCUGUACCCGUGAGAUGUCAAGGUCCUCUCUUCACGGUACCACAGUAAGCGUCCUACCUAGAUUAUAAUACAAGCCUAGAACAGUCUACAGAAGCUGCGCAUCUGGAAUUCAAACAAGAGCCUGACCAUUGUAGGUGCAUCAACAAUAUAGAGUUGUUUUGAUAGAAUGCUCAGAUGCAGAGAAAAAUAUAAUGCGCUAACUUUCCUGGGCACCAUGUGAUAAGACUCAGCUCUGAGCUGAAGGUACGGCAACAGCUGUAUAAAAUCUAAUGUUGGAUGGCGCUCCUCAGGGGAAGUGUUUCUUAUCACCGACACGGUGGCGCCUAUCUCCUGUACAUAGAUGUUAUGCACAUAAAUAUAUAAGGCAUGCAUGAAGGAAGGUUUGUUUUUUGGUUCGAAGAGGAUCGGUGCCAUAUUUUUGGACACCUCAUAUUAUUGAGAGAUAUUUUAAAAUGACAAGGUGACACUUUUUACUCAGUGAUGGAAGAUGAAAUUAUAGAUUAGAUAUUUGCCAAAUUUUCAGAAAGUGUAUAUGAAAUUUUAGGGGAAUGAUGUGGCAGAGGCAAUUUGUUUGAUCAAUUCAAUCAGGCAACUUGAUCGGCGGGGAUUUAACACGCUCUGUUGCCUUAGCGAUGACAACUGCAAAAAUGCAUAACGCUAGUAGGAUCUGGCAUGAUCUGAGAAAAGUUUCAAGGAUGUGUUUUAUUGCAUAAUUGAUUCAUAUUAUGAAAUUGGUAUCCAUCGAUCAUCCAUUUUUGGAGCUGCACUAAACAUUGCAGAGGGGACCCAUUAACUUUGUGCUGAUUUCCAUGAAAUUAAUAACAUGGGAAUUCUUUGCCACAAAUGCUUGCUUGUGUAAUAUUUAUUAGCAAACAUCUUCCGUCUCAUUUUACUCAGGGCUUAAUUAGCACUGCUUGAUUUGCAUGAAAAUUCAGCAAAGGGGGACUACUGGUUAUUAGUGCAAAGCAACCACUUUGGGGUGUGAUAGUCUGUUUUAAGCAGAGACGAUAUCCACGGGCACCCUUAGGCAGUGACCAUCUACAUACUCACUGAUUAAUUUGGAUUACCAAUGUAUGGCAUUCAACUAACUAUGAGGCAUGAUAAAUUUUCAUCCUUUGCAGGUGCAAUUCCUAAAAAAAUGAAACAAAAAUGUCACAUCUAAACAUAUGAAGGAGACA